AUGUUCAAUAAAUACACUGUGCUCUGGACUGUAUGGGUAUUACUUUCUCUCGUUGGAGCUUAUCAAGUGAUACCAACUAUUGAAGAUGGAAUACCAGAUAACCUGAACAUUACCACAGGUCCAUUCGUUAAAAUCGGCCACGGCUAUUAUUACAUUGAAAUCAAGUCGACAAAGAACUGGUUUGAUGCAGCGGAGUCUUGUCAUCGCAUAGGUGCCCAUCUGAUAGCGUUUGAGACCAUUGAAGAGUGGGAUUUGGUUAAUCAAUACCUGUUCAACAACGUCAUAGAUAAUGUAUACUGGACCUCGGGUGCGGACUUGGCAAAUCAGGGAAAGCAUAAUUGGUUUUCAACUGGUGAGCCCUUGACAUUAAAUAUUUGGUAUCCGGGAGAACCAAAUAAUUUAAAUGGAAUAGAACAUUGCGAUGCGUUGGGAGACCGGCGUUCAGUAACCAAUUAUAAUGUUUUAAACGACAUGAAUUGCGAAUCCCAAAAACUUUACAUUUGCGAAAGAUUAUAUCCAAAGACCGCCUCAAUUGUUAUCUGGUGAGCGAUUAAAAACAUCGUUUUAAAAGUUUAAGAUAUGUAAUAAAUAUUAAACAUCUGAUAAAAAAAAC